CCCUCCGCCUCCGGAGCGCACACUCCGAGGGACUUCGGACACUGCGUAUUCGCCAUUACUUAGAUUCAAGAUGAAUAGUGAACAAAUUGCACUGGUUGGUCAAGUAUUUGAGUCAUAUGUUUCGGAAUACCAUAAGAACGAUAUUCUUUUAAUCCUGAAGGAAAGAGAUGAAGAUGCUCAUUACCCAGUUGUGGUUAAUGCCAUGACCCUUUUUGAGACCAACAUGGAAAUUGGGGAAUAUUUCAACGCAUUCCCCAAUGAAGUACUAACUGUUUUUGAUAGUUCACUGCGAAGAUCAGCCUUGACAAUUUUUGAGUCUCUUUCUCAGCCUGAGGAUGUCUCCAUGAAGCAGAAUCUUCAUGCCAGGAUAUCAGGUUUGCCUGUUUGUCCUGAGCUGGUGAGGGAGCACAUCCCUAAAACCAAGGAUGUGGGACACUUUUUAUCUGUCACGGGGACAGUGAUUCGAACAAGUCUGGUGAAGAUCCUGGAGUUUGAACGGGAUUACAUGUGUAACAAAUGCAAGCAUGUAUUUCUAGUCAAGGCUGACUUUGAGCAGUAUUAUACCUUCCGCCGGCCCUCCUCAUGUCCCAGCUUGGAGAACUGUGAUUCUUCAAAAUUCACUUGCCUCUCAGACUUGUCUUCAUCUCCAACCAGGUGUAGAGAUUAUCAGGAAAUCAAAAUUCAGGAACAGGUUCAAAGACUAGCUCUUGGAAGUAUUCCACGAUCUAUGAAGGUUAUCCUAGAAGAUGACUUAGUAGACACUUGCAAAUCUGGUGAUGACCUCACUAUUUAUGGGGUUGUAAUGCAAAGGUGGAAGCCGUUUCAGCGAGAUAUGCGCUGUGAAGUGGAGAUAGUCCUGAAAGCCAAUUUUAUCCAAGUAAAUAAUGAGCAGUCUGCAGGGAUCAUCAUGGAUGAGGAGGUCCGAAAGGAAUUUGAAGAUUUUUGGGAACACUAUAAGAGCAAUCCCUUUGCAGGAAGGAAUGAAAUAUUGGCCAGCUUAUGCCCUCAAGUUUUUGGGAUGUAUCUAGUAAAGCUUGCUGUGGCCAUGGUACUGGCUGGUGGGAUUCAAAGGACCGAUGCCACAGGAACACGAGUCAGAGGUGAAUCUCAUCUUUUAUUGGUUGGGGAUCCUGGCACAGGAAAAUCUCAAUUCCUCAAAUAUGCAGCAAAGAUUACACCAAGAUCUGUGCUCACCACAGGAAUCGGAUCUACUAGUGCAGGUCUGACGGUAACUGCUGUAAAAGACUCAGGAGAAUGGAAUUUGGAGGCUGGGGCAUUAGUGCUUGCAGAUGCCGGUCUUUGCUGUAUCGAUGAGUUUAAUAGCCUCAAAGAGCAUGAUAGAACCAGUAUCCAUGAAGCAAUGGAGCAACAGACCAUAAGUGUUGCUAAGGCUGGCCUCGUGUGCAAACUGAACACAAGGACCACCAUCCUGGCAGCAACUAAUCCCAAAGGCCAAUAUGACCCUCAUGAGUCUGUGUCUGUGAACAUCGCCCUUGGCAGCCCACUCUUAAGUCGAUUUGACCUGAUCCUGGUUUUGCUUGACACCAAGAAUGAAGACUGGGAUCGUAUAAUUUCCUCCUUUAUCUUAGAAAACAAAGGUUACCCAAGCAAAUCAGAGAAGCUCUGGAGCAUGGAAAAGAUGAAAACCUACUUCUGUCUCAUCAGGAAUCUUCAGCCCACACUGUCUGACGUGGGUAAUCAGGUUCUUCUCCGGUACUACCAGAUGCAGAGGCAGAGUGAUUCCCGAAACGCUGCCCGGACAUCCAUCCGCCUGUUGGAAAGCUUGAUACGAUUAGCAGAAGCUCAUGCUCGCCUGAUGUUUCGUGACACAGUGACUCUGGAAGAUGCUGUUACAGUGGUGUCAGUAAUGGAGUCCUCAAUGCAGGGAGGUGCACUGCUGGGAGGUGUGAAUGCACUUCACACUUCCUUUCCUGAAAACCCUCUGGAGCAAUACCAGAGUCAGUGUGAGCUUAUUCUGGAAAAGCUGGAGCUACACAGCCUCUUGAGUGAAGAGCUAAGAAGACUUGAAAGGUUACAGAAUCAGAGUGUGUACCAACCCCAGGCAAGGACAAUGGAGGCAGAGACUACUUCAGAAUCCUUGAGAAAUGAUACAGGGGAAGAAUCCAAAUUCAGAACGUCAACACAGCAAGAAGAGAAUGGUAGUGUCCAUACCUCUUCUACUGGAGGCAGCCCCAGGGGAAGUCCAUUUCUCGACACUUCAGUCCCUCUAGGGCCUGGUAGGUCAACAAGUAGAAAAUACUCAGCUCAGCACAAAGAUAGCAGAGAUGACAGUUUGGAUUGGUUUGAUUCCCUGGAAACCCAUCAGAUUGAACCGAAAAACACUGUUCCUGUGUCUCCUGGUCCCAAAACAACUGGUGGGAAAAGGGUUUUGAAAAACUCCAACAACUCUCAGGAUAAGGAAGAGAGUAAGCCAGACCACAGGAGCAAAUUGGAGACUGGACCACUUCCAGCACCAGGAGAGACAGAAGCUCCAUUGAGGCCAGAGAAUGGUGAGAGGAAAAGGGACAAAAAGGCAGCAGUAGUUUCUGAAACAGCAGGAACUGCUGGUGAACCGGACUCGGUACUGACUCAUCAUGUUCCCAGGAAACUGCACAGGCUGCGCAGGGAGAGGGCGCAGGAGCUGUGCAGAAAUUCCACUAGGGCACCUUCACAGCCCCUGAGCCCUGCUCAUCCUCCACCCAUCCCUGCACGUCGCCCAGAAAGAACUCUGGAAACCCCCAGAAGAAAGAGACAGAAGGCCCUCCUUCAGGUGGAAGAGCCUGAACCUGAAAGUGUUGAGAGUCCGGGUCCCCCUGUGGCCAAACUAGCAAAAUUUACUUUCAAACGGAAGUCAAAACUGAUCCACUCCGCUGAGGACCGUAGCCAUGUGUCUGCUGGCACAACUGACAAAGCAGUUCAGAGUUCGACGUUUUCCCAGCAUGGAGCGAGAGGCGAAGCAGCUGUGCCCGUGAAGGGCCCAGAAAAGUUGACCUCUGCCUCAGGACACAGAAGCUCAGAUCAGCUGCAGGGGAAGGUACUGGAGGUGUUGCAGCAGCCACCAGAGAAAGGUGGAUCAAGAGAGGAGAGGGCAUGUGCCCCUGGAAAGAGAGUCAUUCAGCCUGAAUUUGAUCUUUGGAAUGAGACGGGUCAUUUGUAUCUUACUUGUGAAAGAGACAAAAAGGAAGAGCUUUCAUACAGUAAUAAAAGCAGCAAGGUUCAUGCUUGCACAUUAGCCAGAUUGGCCAACUUCUCCUUUACUUCCUCCUCUGAAUCCAAAUCAGCAUCCCCGCCUCCUUCUGAAAAUAAGAACUGGGGUGAGAGAGGCCCAAGCCCUCCUCCCUCGACCGCAGCUACAAUGCUUGGCAGGAAAAGGGAAACUUUUCAGUUGGAAGGGUCCACUGAGAGAUUCAGCCUUUCCAAAAAAUCUCUCUUUACUUUACCAGAACUAGAAGACGAAGCAUUAGAUUUUGAUUGGGAUGAAGAAAUGAGAAAAAAGCCAUAAUCAUGAAAAGCUUGCUUGUCAAAUUUUAUGCUGCCUAACUCAACACAGCACCUUUAGGAUAUCUACAUGGUGUCUGUGUAUGAACAGAACUGUUGGCGAUGUUGAGUGCUUUUCUAAAUACCAGCUCCCCGAUCACGUUUUGUAAUUUCAGGUUUAUUUAUCUUCAUGGCUCAAAAAGUUGUUUAAUCAAUGUGUAGGUCCUACCAGCACUUGAAUUGCAUUAAUUGAUGCAUCAUUGGAUAAUUCUGCAGAAUGGAGUACUUGCAUUCUCGAAGAUUUUUUUGUUCGUUUUGUUUUUAAGGGGUGGCUUUCCCAGAAUUCCUUCUUUCAUUCACUCAGGAACAAAUGUCAGGAUAGUUGCACCCUUAGAGCUAGCAAGUUAGGUGAACUCUUAUGUUUUUUCCUUUUCUUUUUUCUUUACCCCCUAAUGUGCCAAGUGUGGUGAAUAAUUUAUUAUGG